AUGUCUCUAGAGAGCAGCGUGGGGACCGUGAAAGUGGUCAAGUCCGACGACGUAAGCAAAAGUGGCGGCUACUACUGCGCGGUUUGCGAGUGCGGCCUCAAGGACUCGGUGGCGUAUCUGGACCACAUCAAUGGCAAAAAGCACUUGCGCAAACUCGGCUACAGUAUGCGAGUCGAGCGCUCGACAGUGGACCAGGUGAAGAAUCGACUGCAAAGUGCGUCUAAGCGCAAAUGGGACCCGUUGAUGACCAAGAAGCUGGAUGCAAUGGAAGACUACGAGAAGAAGCUGAAGGCAGCAGAGGAAGAGGAGGCUCGUGUCAAGCGACAGAAGAAGGAGCAGAAGAAAGCCAAGAAACUCGGACAAGAGGCGCCAAACCAGGACAAACAAGACGACACUGACAAGAAACGUGAAGCAGUAGACGAAGUUCCGGAUGCUGAUGCUGAAAUGAUGGCCAUGAUGGGCUUCGGCGGUUUUGGCGGCUCUAAGAAGCAAUAG